AUGAGAAUAAAGAAGAAGUUUACAUCUGGUAAUGCCAAGAACUUUAUUACCAGAACCCAGGCUGUGAAAAGGCUUCAGGUGUCGCUUGCAGACUUCCGCCGCCUGUGUAUCUUCAAGGGUAUCUAUCCAAGAGAGCCACGCAAUAAGAAGAAGGCGAACAAGGGCUCUACUGCGCCUGUCACCUUCUACUAUGCUAAGGAUAUCCAAUAUCUCCAGCACGAACCGGUGUUGGCCAAAUUCAGAGAGCACAAGACGUUUGCCAAGAAGCUGACCAAGGCGCUUGGAAAGGGCGAGGUCAACGACGCCAAAAGACUCGAGUCCAACAGACCCAAAUACAAACUAGACCAUGUGAUCAAAGAGCGUUAUCCUACGUUUUUAGAUGCUGUGAGAGAUAUCGAUGAUUGUCUGAACAUGCUGUUUCUGUUCAGCAACAUGCCAGCCACCGAUAAGGUGAGUGCCCGAGUUACGAAAGAGGCCAACGAGCUUUGCAACCAAUGGUUGGCUUAUGUUGCCAAAGAAAGAGCCUUGAGAAAGGUCUUUGUUUCCAUCAAAGGUGUUUAUUAUUCUGCCACCGUUAAGGGCCAGGAAGUGACGUGGUUGGUGCCCUUCAAGUUCCCACAGAACAUCCCCUCCGAUAUCGACUUCAGAAUCAUGUUGACGUUCCUGGAGUUUUACUCCACCUUGUUGCACUUUGUUUUGUUCAAGCUUUACACAGACUCGAACCUGUUAUAUCCUCCAAACGUGGACUUUCAAAAGUUGAAGGGUGUUGGUGGACUUUCAGCCUACGUCUUGGAGGUCAAGGACUCCCAGAACACGCUGCUUCCUUCCGCAAAAGCCGACUCGGCCUCAGAGGUGACCACCAAGCUCACCAAGUCUGAAAUUGCAAAGGCUUUGAAGGCUGACCAGGACGACGAAGGUGUCGAAGAAAACGAAGACACACAGGAGAACACCGAAAACGUCGAGGAUGUGCAAUUGGACACUUUUGAAGAUAACAAUAAGAAUGCAGGUGACCUUCUGGAACAGCCUUCGCAGUUUGGAAGUCCAGCUGCGACUUUGUUCUCAAAAUUUGUAUUCUAUGUUGGACGUGAGGUCCCCAUCGAUAUCGUUGAGUUCAUCAUUGUUUCUUGCGGUGGAAAAGUCAUCUCCGAAGCUGCUCUUGAUGAGGUUCUCCUAAACUCCAACUCGUCCAUCAACGAGUUUGAUUUCUCUAACGUCACCCACCAGAUCUCCGACAGACCCAAGAUUGCCAACAAGGUCCAGGGAAGGACGUAUAUCCAGCCACAAUGGAUAUUUGACUGUGUGAACAAAAACCAGCUGCUGAAUGUUUCUGAUUAUGCUCCAGGCGAAGUCCUACCUCCACACUUGUCACCAUGGGGAGAUGCCGGUGGCUAUGACCCAGAGGCUUACACCGCGCCAGCCGAAGGUGAAGAGGAGGAGUCCGAAGAGGAGGUUGAAGUCGACGAUGAAGAUAUUGAUCAAGAUGAGGAAGAAGAAGAGGAGGACGAGGAUGUCAAGGCCCAGAAGGAGCUCGAGCUGGAGGCCAAGGGUGUCAAGUACUCCGAGGUCGAAACCAAGUCUGAGAAGAAAAAGAGCAACAAGAGAUCUGCUGAGGAAGAAGAGAAAGACCUCAAGAUGAUCAUGAUGUCGAACAAACAGAAAAAGCUUUACAAGAAGAUGCAAUAUGGUAUCAACAAGGACGAACAAAGGACCGAGGAGCUGCAAAAGAAGAGAAGAAAGAUCGAGAAGACCAAGUCAAAGCUCCAGAAACUCGACAAGAAAUAG